CAUGCACUGCACUUAAAGGCAUCGGCUGCGGCUCCGCAUCUCUCUCACACGCGAGUGUGUGUGUUCAGUGGUCAUUCUUAAACUAUCGAAACUCUUUUCAAUCUCCAGCAUGUCUGUUUUGUGUUAUAAUAAGGGCUGUGGAGAGCGUUUUGAUCCAGCGAACAACCCGGACGACGGCUGCACCUAUCAUCCCGGAGUCCCAGUGUUCCACGAUGCCUUGAAGGGAUGGUCUUGCUGCAAGAGGAGAACUACUGACUUCUCAGACUUCCUGAGCAUUGCUGGCUGCACAAAAGGUCCACAUAACAAAGAGAAGCCCCCUGAGCCGGUGAAGCCAGAUGUCACCUCGUCGGGAGAAAAGAAAGACCUAGAAGACCAGAAACCAAAGUUUAACGAGUACAUCAUCUCUGCACCAAAACCUCAGGAGGCCAUCCACAGACCGAGCGCCGAUGAACCGAUGGUGAGGUUGCAGCAUAAAGUCUCCAACUCUCUGAAGCAGGCUUUGGAGAAACUAAAACUGUCUGAAAAUGCUGCAGAGAAGAAAGAGGAAGACAGCGACGAGAUCAAAAUUGGAACAUCCUGUAAAAACGGGGGCUGCACUAAAAGCUUUGAUGGACCUGCCAGUGACUCGGAUGUGUGCUCAUUCCACUCUGGAGUUCCCAUCUUUCACGAAGGGAUGAAAUACUGGAGCUGCUGCAAGAGGAAAACCUCCGACUUCAACACCUUCCUCUCUCAAGAGGGCUGCACCAAGGGAGCACAUCUAUGGAGGAAAAAAGACGCGGGUAAGAAGGUGGUGCCGUGCCGUUUUGACUGGCAUCAAACCGGGACGCAGGUCAUCAUUUCCAUCUACGCAAAGAACGCCGUCCCAGAGCUGAGCUUUGUUGACGCCAACAGCACCACGCUCAACAUCCACAUUAUAUUUGAGGGAGAGAAGGAAUUUGAGCAGAACAUCAGCUUGUGGGGAGUAAUCGAUGUGAGCAGAAGCACGGUGAACAUGAUGGCAGCCAAGAUCGAAGUCGCCAUGAGAAAGUCCGAGGCGAUGACCUGGGCUCGUCUGGACCUGCCCCCUCCUGUCCCCCCUCCGAAAGAGAGCGAGAAGAAAAAAGAAGACGACGAUGAAGAUGACGACGAUAGCGAGGAUGAGGACGAAUGAUGGAUUUCGAACUGAAGAGGUAGAAUGUAUGAUUAGCUGUAUCAAAGGCAACACGAGUCUCAUUAUUUACGAAGAAUUGCCACUAGCUGUGUUGAAACUGUCGGCCUUUACAUCUCUACGUCACAGUGCGUCCUCUCCCGCUCUCAAUCAUCCGGAGUGCUCCACUCUGACUAUUUUCUGAGCUUUAUUAGCUGCGAUGCAAGUUUGAAUGCUGAGGGAUCAUUUAGGAUUUCUACAACACUUUUUUCACAGUAAUUAAAAAUGUCCAUGCGUUUCUUAAAUUGCACUGAAAUCUCUUGGGGAACCACAUCACACAAUAAAUAUGAGUUAGCGGUGAUCCUGCUUGUCACCUGGUCAUAUCGGGGAUCAAGAAACCUUACUUCACUUCAGCCUUUUUCUUUUGUCUGUUAUUAACUGUAUGACAAAUGCUAAACUGUCAUUUUUUUAAAAAAAAUUGUUCAUUCCAUUCAUUGGGUUCAUGAAUUCAUUCAUCGGUUGUUUUGUCUCCCUGUGUCAGAUCGGUUCUAAAUACGUCGCAUUGCACUACUCAAAACCCCACAACCCCACUGUUUGCUUUUUUUUAAUUUUAUCUUUCAUUAUAUCACGUCCUGGUAUCAAACCGGUAGGUGGGCUUGAACAAUGUGCUUUACACAACCAUGCCUUCUUACUUUAAAACAGAACAAUCAAAAAACACAAAAAAAUAAUCUUAGCUAUAGUCAUUCCUAAUUCCUGGAAUCAACACAAUACUGUCAAACACCUUAAAGGGUGUGAAAGCUUUUUCAGGACCGUCUUGGUACAUGUAUUCCAAUUUUAAUCCAGUGUGAUCAAAAAGCAGUUCAUUAGAUUGAAUUGGAAAUGUGUGUUGUUAAACUGUCAUUUGUAUAAAAUUGGAUCUAUUGAGGAAGAAUUAUUGUUAUACAAAUUAAAAAAUUUCCUUGGGACUCAUAUGUUAAGUUUCACUGUGUUCCUUAUUAAAAUUAUAGAUUAGUUCUGUUUUUGUGUUUUUUUUUUUUCCUGUCAGAUAUGAUGUAUACGUUGUACAAUUUUGCAUUUUAAUGCUGUAUUUAUCUUUUUUUUUUCUGUCAAGACAACAUGAUAUGGAGUUUGAGUAGAAUGUACUGUAUUUCCUGCAAAUGCCAUUCGAAUACAUUUUUGAGCCAAGUACUGUAUUAUAUAAAAAAAGUUAUUCUUGACAGCAUGUGUCCAGGCUGAGAAUGUAUGACGUGUAUUUGCUGAUUGAUUCCCCAACUCAAGAUUAAAUGAUCAAGAAAUUAUUUAUC